AUGCUAGCCCCCAGGCCCACAAUCCUCUUGACCCUGCUCCUGACCCUCGGCUCGCUGGGCCAGAGGGCACGCAGGCCCCCUCGGCCACCGUCCCCCAUCAGCACCAUCCACCCCAAAGCCAACUUCGACACCCAGCAGUUUGCAGGUAAGUGGCUCCUCGUGGCCGUGGCCUCCACGUGCCGCUUCCUGCAGGAGCAGAGCUACCGGGCAGAGGCCACAUUGCUGAAUGUGGCUCCCCAGGGCAAAGCCAUGGCCAUCAGCACCUUCCGCAAGCUGGAUGGGAUCUGCUGGCAGGUGCGGCAGCUCUACAGAGACACUGGGGUCCUUGGGCGGUUCCUGCUCCAAGCCCAAGGUGCCCGGGGGGCUGUGGACGUGGUCGUCGGGGAGACAGACUACCGGGGCUUCGCCAUCCUGUACCUAGAGCGGGCUCGGCGGCUCUCAGUGAAGUUGUAUGCCCGCUCGAUCCCUGUGGAUGACUCGGUCCUGAGCGUGUUUGAGCAGCGGGUCCAGAACGCCAGUAUGACGGAAGAGCACAUCGUUUUCUUCCCCAAGUACGGUUUCUGCGAGUCUGCGGACCAGUUCCACCUCCUGGAUGGCCGUCCUUCUCUUCCACCCCCACGCGAGCUGCAGGCAGGAGCCCCUCGGCCAGAGGACAGCUCGCUCCUACCACUGUCCCUUUCAGCCUCCCUCGAGGAGGCGCUGGGCACCAGCCAGGCCCUGGUGUGGGUGUGA